CUCAUGAAAACAAACACACUACCAUACCAAAACCAAUACUAACGUAACCAACCCACGCAGACGCAGCGAAAGAAGAGAGGCAUGUCUCCCUACGCUUUCCUCGUGGCUGUGGCGUUGGUGGGCGCCCAGCUGGCAGCCACCGCAAGGAGCAAGGAGAGCUCGGUGCUGUACACGGUGACCAACGCGGCCAACAACACGGCUGGUGGGUCCCGAUUCGAGACGGACAUCGGGGCCAAAGUCGCCCGGCUGACCAUGUACGCGGCCACGCGCUCCACGUGGAGCGUGUUUAACCAGACCGACGAGAGCGGUUCGGAGGAGCGGAAGAAGAUCAGCGCGAUCAGCCUCUUCAUCGAGGACAUGACGGCCGGCGGCGAGAACCAGACGGCCGGCGGAGACCCGGGCAUCUUGGUGGGCUACGCCAAGGGCACGUCGAUCCACCUAAACGCACACUUCAUCGGGAACUACAGCGGCAACCUGCGGAGGCAGUUCAACGGCGUGAUCUACGAGAAGGUGGCGAGCAUCUGGCAGUGGGACGCGCGUGGGGAGGCGCCGGCUGGGCUGAUAACGGGGAUAGCCCACUACGUGAGGCUGCAGGCCCGCUACGGUACACCGGAGAAGGUGAAGCCCGGGGAGGGGGAGCGGUGGGACCAGGGGAACGGGGUCACGGCAAGGUUCCUGAGCUACUGCAAUCAGCUGAGGAGUGGGUUCGUGGCGGACAUGAACAGGAAGCUCAAGCACGGCUACACGGAUGGCUACUUCCUGGACUUGCUCAAGAUGCCCGUGGACCAUGUUUGGAGCAACUACAAGGCCAAGUACCACUACAAGUAGCUACCUUAAGUUGACACUCUUAUCUAUCUAUCUAUGUACGCGCGGCCAGCCAAGCCAAGCCAGGGUUGGGCUGGGUUGGGUUGGGCUUUGAUUUUAUUGCUCAUGGCAGGCAGCAGGGGUGAACAGCCGGUUUCAGCUUAAUUUCUACUUGUUUGAGUUAUUACGUUAUUAAUUAAACAUCAUCAGUUUUGCUAUCGGAGUAAGUAUCUACAUUCCGUGCAUCCAAGCUAAGUGAGCCAUACUCACUUCAAACGGGUUUCAAAUACUAGUUCACCUAUUCUUAACCCUGCAUACCCUAUCUAGUAGACGUCCAUUCCAAAUAAGUAACAUUAGUUUGAUUUUCAUCCCCGAAACAAGGACGGGAAAAACAUAUAUAAAACCAUCCAUUUAAUAAUGAAAGACUAAUUAUUCA